AAGAGAGGGAGGGAGGGAGGGAGACGCGGGAGUGACCCAGCCGGCGUGAAGGAUUCGGCCGUGCCAAGGGCCCUGAUGAAAAUGGACGCGGAGCUGCUCCACUCGCCUGUGGUGGGCCUGGCGGAAGAGGAGGAGGCUGACACGAGCGACUGGAACCUGCCGCUGGCUUUCAUGAAGAAGCGUCAUUCGGAGAAGAUCGAGGGCUCCAAAGCGCUGGCACAGAGCUGGAGGAUGAAGGACAGGAUGAAGACCGUGAGCGUCGCCUUGGUGCUGUGCCUCAACGUGGGGGUGGAUCCUCCCGAUGUGGUCAAGACGUCCCCCUGUGCCCGGCUGGAGUGCUGGAUCGACCCGCUGUCUAUGAGCCCUCAGAAGGCCCUGGAGACCAUCGGGGCAAACCUGCAGAAGCAGUAUGAGAACUGGCAACCCAGGGCCCGCUACAAGCAGAGCCUGGACCCCACAGUGGACGAGGUGAAGAAGCUGUGCACCUCCCUGCGGCGGAACGCCAAGGAGGAGCGCGUGCUCUUCCACUACAAUGGGCAUGGUGUGCCCCGGCCCACCGUCAACGGCGAGAUCUGGGUCUUCAACAAGAACUACACCCAGUACAUCCCGCUCUCCAUCUAUGACCUGCAGACGUGGAUGGGCAGUCCCUCCAUCUUCGUGUACGACUGCUCCAACGCCGGCAUCAUUGUAAAGUCCUUCAAGCAGUUCGCCUUGCAGCGGGAGCAGGAGCUGGNUCUCUGUGUUGCCAGCGUGUCUGCUGGGCAGUGGAUACGGAGGUCCAUGGUGGACAGUGCCAGCGUGUCUGCUGGGCAGUGGAUACAGAGGGCCAUGGUGGACAGUGCCAGCGCAUCGCUGGGCAGUGGAUAUGGAGGGCCAUGGUGGACAGUGCCAGUGCAUUGCUGGGCAGUGGAUACAGAGGGCCAUGGUGGACAGUUCCAGCGCAUCGCUGGGCAGUGGAUACGGAGGGCCAUGGUGGACAGUGCCAGCGUGUCUGCUGGGCAGUGGAUACGGAGGUCCAUGGUGGACAGUGCUAGCGCAUCGCUGGACAGUGGAUACGGAGGGCCAUGGUUCUGCAUGCAGAAGAGCGCCAAGCUGGUGCCGGGCGUGACGCUGGACCUGAUCGAGAAGAUCCCGGGGCGCCUGAACGACAGACGCACCCCCCUGGGGGAGCUCAACUGGAUCUUCACAGCCAUCACAGACACCAUAGCGUGGAAUGUGCUUCCCAGAGACCUCUUCCAGAAACUGUUCCGCCAGGAUCUGCUGGUAGCCAGUCUGUUCCGCAACUUCCUGCUGGCCGAGAGGAUCAUGAGGUCGUACAACUGCACCCCCGUCAGCAGCCCCCGCCUGCCCCCCACCUACAUGCACGCCAUGUGGCAGGCGUGGGACCUCGCCGUGGACAUCUGCCUGUCCCAGCUACCCACCAUCAUUGAGGAGGGCACCGCCUUCAGAAUUUCUCCAGAUUUCCCAAAGCAGCUGACAGCCUUCCAGGUCUGGCUGACCAUGGGGGUGGAGAACAGGAACCCCCCCGAGCAACUGCCCAUCGUCCUGCAGGUCCUCCUCAGUCAGGUGCAUCGAUUGCGAGCCCUGGACCUGUUGGGCCGCUUCCUGGACCUUGGGCCCUGGGCCGUCAGCCUGGCGCUCUCCGUCGGCAUCUUCCCCUACGUGCUGAAGCUGCUGCAGAGCUCGGCCCGUGAGCUACGGCCUCUCCUCGUUUUCAUCUGGGCCAAGAUCCUAGCCGUGGACAGCUCCUGUCAGGCCGACCUGGUGAAGGACAACGGCCACAAGUACUUCCUGUCCGUGUUGGCCGACCCCUACAUGCCUGCUGAGCACCGGACCAUGGCAGUGUUUAUCCUGGCUGUGAUCGUGAACAGCUACAACAUUGGGCAGGAGGCCUGCCUGCAGGGGAACCUCAUCGCCAUCUGCCUGGAGCAGCUGAACGACCCGCACCCCCUGCUGCGCCAGUGGGUGGCCAUCUGCCUGGGCCGCAUCUGGCAGAACUUUGACUCGGCGCGUUGGUGCGGCGUGCGAGACAGCGCCCAUGAGAAGCUCUACAGCCUCCUGUCCGACCCCAUCCCCGAGGUACGCUGUGCGGCCGUGUUCGCCCUGGGCACGUUCGUGGGCAACUCGGCAGAGCGGACGGACCAUUCCACCACUAUCGAUCAUAAUGUGGCCAUGAUGCUGGCGCAGCUGAUCAACGACGGGAGCCCCAUCGUGCGCAAGGAGCUGGUGGUGGCUCUCAGCCACCUGGUAGUGCAGUAUGAGAGCAACUUCUGCACGGUGGCCCUGCAGUUCAUGGAAGAGGAGAAGAACUAUGCUGUACCCUCCCCUGCCAUCUCCACAGAACCGGGGAACCAGAGCCAGGUGCGGGAAAGCCCGGCACGCAUGCGCUCCGUCAGCUCCUACACCAACAUCCGCGCCGCCACCACCACCCGUAACCUGAACAAGAGUCUGCAGAACCUCAACCUCAGUGAGGAGGGGGGCUCUGUGGCCUUCUCCCCCGGGAACCUGAGCACCAGCAGCAGCGCCAGCAGCACGCUGGGCAGCCCGGACAACGACGAGUACAUCCUGUCCUUCGAGACCAUCGACAAGAUGAGGAGGGUCAGUUCGUACUCUUCCCUCAACUCGCUCAUCGGGGUCUCCUUCAACAGCGUCUACACGCAGAUAUGGAGGGUCCUGCUGCACCUGGCCGCUGACCCCUUCCCCGAGGUGUCCGACCUGGCCAUGAAGGUUCUCAACAGCAUCGCCUACAAGGCCACCAUGAACGCUCGGCCCCAGAAGAUCUCCGGCUCGCUCACGCAGUCAGCACCCGCGAGCCCUACCAGCAAAGGAACACACAUUCACCAGGCGGGGGGCUCCCCUCCCAUGCCCAGCGCCAGCAGCUCCAGCCUGACCAACGAGGUGCCUAAGCCCCCCGCCCGCGAGCUGCCCCCCGCCCGGCCGCCGUACACCCCCCCAUUUUCCGGCCAGGCCCCCCACUCGCAUCAGUUCCAGCGCCAUCGUAAGAUGUUCGACAAAGGCCCCGACCAGACCGCAGACGACAGCGACGAACCUGGUGGACACCGGAACUUCAUCAGCACCACCAUGCAGACCGGCCUCUGCGACUGGAGCGCCAAGUACUUCGCCCAACCCGUCAUGAAGAUGCCCGAGGAGCACGAUGUGGAGAGUCAGGUGAGGAAGGAGAGGGAGUGGAGGUUCCUGAGGAAUGCCCGGGUCCGGAGGCAAAGCCAGCGCAUCAUGCAGAGGGGCAUCACUCGCCUUGAUGACCAGAUCUUCAUCAACCGCAACCCUGGGGUGCCCUCAGUGGUCAAGUUCCACCCCUUCAACCCCUGCAUCGCGGUCGCAGACAAGGACAGCAUCUGCUUCUGGGAUUGGGAGAAAGGCGAGCGGCUGGACUACUUCUACAAUGGGAACCCCCGCUACACCCGCAUCACGGCUAUGGAGUACCUUAACGGGCACGACUGCUCUCUGCUCCUCACGGCCACAGAUGACGGUGCCUUGCGGAUCUGGAAGAACUUUGCUGACCAGAAGAACCCUGAGAUGGUGACGGCCUGGCAGGGCCUUUCAGACAUGCUCCCCACCACCAGAGGUGCCGGGAUGGUGGUGGACUGGGAGCAGGAGACGGGACUGCUUAUGACCUCAGGGGAUGUGAGGGUCAUCCGCAUCUGGGACACGGAUAGGGAGAUGAAGGUUCAGGACUUCCCCACGGGGGCGGAUAGCUGCGUGACCAGCCUGUCCUGUGACCCCCACCGCUCGCUAAUCGUGGCCGGCCUCGGCGACGGUUCAGUGCGCGUCUACGACAGGAGGAUGGGCCCCAACGAGUGCCGCAUCAUGACGUACCGCGAGCACGGCGCCUGGGUGGUGAAGGCCCACCUACAGAAGGAGACGGAGGGCCGCAUCAUCAGCGUCAGCGUAAACGGAGAUGUCCGGUUCUUUGAGCCAAGGAUGUUGGACUCGGUGAACGUGCUGCAGACAGUGAAGGGGUUGACUGCCUUGGACAUCCAUCCACAGGCCAACCUCUUUGCCUGUGGUUCCAUGAACCAGUUCAUCGCCGUGUACAGCUCCAAUGGGGACGUCAUCAGCAACAUCAAGUACUACGAUGGCUUCAUGGGCCAGCGGAUCGGGGCCAUCAGCUGUCUAGCCUUCCAUCCCUACUGGCCCCACCUGGCCGUCGGCAGCAAUGACUACUACAUGUCCAUCUACUCAGCUGAGAAGAGGCUGAGAUAACGUCAAGCAGCCCCCGGAACUACCGUGUAAAUGACUUCUGAUGUACAUAUGCAAUUGUUACCUUGAAUGUCUAGUGAAGGCUGCUGAUGCUUAUGUUAUAAUUAUUAUUAUUGUUAUUAUUAAUGUUAUUAUAAUUAUGGGCUAUUUGAUUGUAGACUUGGCUGUGCUGAGGAGUGUAUAUAUUUAAUUGCUUAUAUUGUUAAUGGAGAGUUUAAGGUGGAGCCCGUUCGGCUGUGCCGGCCUGUGGCUGUCAGCGCUGGCACAGCUGGAGCAUAUGGGGGGGGGGGACUGAACAGCAGCUUCCAUCGCUGCCCCUCCCCCAAGGCCGGCCCUGCUGUUUCCUCAGUGUUUGGGUUCCAAGCCUUCUCAAGCCAUCGUUGGAAGUGGAGCCCGAUGGCUUCUUCGGUGGACCCACUGGGGCCGGGAUGCCGGGGGCUAGAGCCUGCCUUCUGCUUUCUGCCCCCACCAAACACAUGCCCCGGCCCACACCUGGCCAUGGCCCGCCAUCUGCUGUACCCCCUCACCCUAAACUUACACCCCCACCCUCUGCUGUGCCAAAUGUGCUAAUCUAGCCAGUGCUCCUUUCACCCACCUCCUUUAGUCUGUCUGCAGUGCACUGAAUGUCUACCUUUCUGAGCCUUUAUCCAGCCCUGCUUGCGCUGUAAAGCAAUAAACAAGGUUUUGGUGUGUGGAGGCGGGUCUGGCGUCUGCCCUUAUGGCCAUUAAAGAGAGCUGCGGCAUUUUAAACUGAACAAGGAUGACCUUCCUCAUCUGUCGUGAUUCCGGAGUUAGCGUUGGCUCUGAGCUCCCUGCUACUGCCCUCGCCGUCCGAAAUAUUUGAAAGCUGGAUGGUGUGUAGGAGGGGGACUCUGUUAACUUCUGGUUAAGCAGCUGAGCUGCUUUUGGCGCCCUCUGGGGGUCUGGAGGUGUCCUACACACCUUGUGCACCACUGCCUGCUAUCUUCUUGCUCCCGACACAGUGACACACCUUAACCACGGACUCAAGACUGCAAAUAACACCAAGAUCUGAGCACUGGAUGUGGGGCGACCACUGCACAGGCCUUCGUAGCGCCAGCUGGACCUUACAGCAGGCGUCUGCAGACCCCCAGCCUGCCGCCGUCUCCUACCAGGCCUUCUGCUACCUGGGAAGAUGAUGUGCAUCACAGUACUUGUAGCAUCACAUGGGUAUUAAUUUAUUUCAGUUACUUUUAAGCUAAGGUCUUGAUUUUAAGUGCAGGAAUUGAUUUCAUAGCAGAGCAGCGAGGUGAGGAAGUGCCCGGUUUUAGACAGAGUGGCAGAGCGUAGACUGUCCAGCCUGGGCCCCCUGAAAACACUGGGUGCUGUCACCUUUCCUUGGGAUCUUCUGACUCUGCAUCUCCACAGGUCCCCGAUCUUUCUGCUACCCGUCUGAGCAUUACCUUUAAAUUCAUGAAUUAUAGUCUCCCUCGUUCAGUUUCUGCAACUGUAGACGCAAAACUGUACAGCAGAAACGAGACAGAAGGGGCUUUUUAAAUACCUUAACCGUGGAUUAACCACGCUGAUCCUUUCAGCCAACUGAGGGCAAAAUCCUUGCCUGGUUGUAACGGUGUUCUAGACUUGCUUACUCCAAGUGAUACAGUGUUCCUGAUGAAUGUAGGAACAUGUUUUGUUUUUUUUUUUGUUUUCAUGAUGUAUGAUUUCUGGUAUGGCUUUUAUUUUUAACCCUUUUCCGCCUUUGCAAUUUUAUGUUUUUAAUACAUCUGUCAAUGGCAUCCUCGGUCCAUGGGGUAAAUGGGCUGUGAAAUGGUCAACGGGGUCCUUGUCUGUCCCAUGGACGUGCUGCCUCUGGCCCGCUCUGCUCAGCUGUGCCCUUUGAGGAAUUGGAGGAUAACGCUAACCGCCGAAAUGAACACUGAACAUUAAUGAUAAUGGACUGCACUAUCAGUCUUGCCCACUUCCGCUCUCUGGUUCCCCCCAAGGGAAGGAGGUGUUAUUGCAGCCGCACCUCUUCGGCAAACCGGCAGCCUACUCAGAAACGCAUCUUUAACAUCUCGCUCUGAGUUUUAAUAUUUUAGACAAAGACUUUAAAAUAAUAGAAUGAAAUGAAAACAAUCAGGUGUUAUCUGUGACUGUAGAUUGCUUUGCCAACCAUGGUUUAUAAGACAGAAUAAAGACAUUGAAAUAAACCAAAUGCACAAAA